CUCAGCUGGGCCGCGCGACUGCGGCUGCUCGACACGUCUCACCGCAGCCUCGCAACUGCAUGCGUUGCUGCUUACAAUAUAUGCAACAGGGGCCUCCCAUCAUCUCAUCGUCUCACCAGUUGACGUACGCACGUACGCUUGGAUCCAUGGGCAUGGGCAUGGGCAUGGACUUCCCGCAGAAGAAGCUUGGCUCCAUGGAUGGCGGCAAGACGCCUCCUCUGCUGCUUGGGGUUGCAGCCCAGCUGGCCAAGAAGGCGAUAGCCGCUUCUCCGUUCCCGGAUGCACACCGUCUGGCCAGCGCUUGGGCGUUCCUCACCGCCUGGUUCUUCCCCGUCUCCAUGGCCUUCGACCUUCUACUCUGCAGCCAGCUGCAGUGGUGCCAUUUUCUGGAGCGCGAGUGGGACCCGCCCAUAGACGGCGCCCUCUGGAUCGGGCUGUGGUGCUGCCCCGCACUCCAGGCGGCCGUGGCGGCGCUGGCUCUGCUGCUCCCGUUCCGCCACCGCCGGAUCCGCCGUGCCCUUGCCUACCUCGCGGUCUCGGUCGCCAUCGUCGGCCAUUCUUUGAUGGCCAGCCUCGUCCCCCUCAUUGUCGUUGCCUACCCAGGGCCAGGGCUAGGAUACCUCCUGCUCAUCGUCUUGUUCGUCUGCGCCCCGGCGGCGCUGGCGCAGCUGCUCCCGUGCCUCUCCCUCCUGAUCCGCCGUGCCCUCGCCUACCUCGCGGUCGCCAUCGUCGGCCUCUGUAUUUUGGCCAGCUUGGCCCUCGCCGCCGACACACCAGUCCUCAUCGUCUUGAUCGGCUACUCGGCGAUAAUCUUCAUCCUCGCGGUGGGCGACCUCCUCAGCUUUCUGGCCCUCUUCCUUGGAGGUGAGGAGGAGUAGCUGCUGAUCGGCCGGCCAGCCGCAAGCUCCACAUAUCUCCAUGGAUCAGCUCAUGAGGUACUCACGUACGUACGUGACCGCUGCUGAGUAGUUGCACGUAGUAGUAUUGGACCUUAAUUUGAUGUGGAAUUAAUUAGCCUGUUAUCUGUGUAAUGUGGAGCUUGCCUGGAUUAGUAUUGAUGAACAAGCUAUGGAGUACGUCUUAAUUUGAUGUAGUAAUAAUUGGACCUUUUCUCUGUAUGCAUGCCUAGCUUGGGUAUAUAUAAUUGAUGUUGGUGAAAUCGUUACCGCAGUUUAUA